GGCGCCGGUCAGUGGUCUUCCCGGCACAUUAUGAUGACAUCUCAAAAGCGAAAGUGAACAUAUUGGUACCAGAGACUUUGUAGAAUAUCCACCACAGUUUCACAACAAACUGUUUUUUAAAAAUACGGGACUAUAUCGUCAUGGUGCAGAGAGUGGGUGGGUCAACAGUCGUUCUCUUGUGUGCAGUUUCAGUUUUGACAACAGUCUGCAUCUGCUUCAGUGUGUUACUUUUACAUUCGGAGCAGAUCAAGAAAUUGAGGACUGAUGUGAUGGCUUUAAAGACGAAAGAUGAGAAAGCGAAUAUCUCCGGACAUGCCACUUGCUGCCGCGGGGUAUGGGGCUGUUACACAGAUGCUAAAGGACAGAGUGCAAGUAGAAGCAGAAGAGAGGUGUCCAAACAGGGAAGACAGCUGCGGCAGACGCGGAGACGCCGUACAUUCAUUCACCUGCAAGCUUUGUCUUCUCAUUCACAUGAUAAAGAUGACAGCACAGUCAUUAAAUGGAUGUCUGCAUGGAGCCAAGGGGAGGGGCUACAGGUAUCGGAGGAGAAUGUGACGGUGAUGACAGAGGGGCAUUACUUCAUCUACAGCCAGGUACUUUACAACAGCACCAUAUGGAUCAUGGGUCACGUGAUCACAAAAAGCCUCAACGGCACAGGCACCAAACUUAUGAAGUGUGUGAAGAACAUGCCUAACGACAUGGCCCUCAACAGCUGCUACACUGCUGGGAUUUUCUUCUUGGAAUCUGGAAGUGUCCUUGAGCUCUCUGUCCCACGAAAGUCUGCCGAUCUCAUCCUCAAACCCUACUCUACCUUCUUUGGCCUCUUCAGCCUCUGAUUGUGGAGCGUGGCUUAACACUGGCACCCUUACACAAACACUAACACCACUGCUGCUUGCGAAUACUCUAUACUGCUACUGUGAUCAGCAUGCUCUAGCCGCCAUUAAUCUCACUGCCAGACAUCCCACGGCAUCUGAAUAUAUUUUAGUUUUUGUAAUUACCUUUUGAAAGAUAGGGCUGAUAGGGCUGGUAAUCCCUGUGAUUUGAAAUAUUCCUGAGAACGAUGCCCUGCUAUGUUACCCGCCUCAUAUUAACCUUUACAUUAUUAUAUCUGUGAAGUUUAGCAAAGCUUGUUAUUGCCCACAGGGUCCAUACAGGGGUGUGUGUCAGCUCUAGAUUCACUUGGAAGUUUGUUGUUUCUUCCUAAAUGUCAUGAUAACCUUUUCUACUAUACAGCAUGCCAAUACUAACAUUCAGUUUCAAAACAGCUUGAAGGGAAAUUCUCCAACAGGGGAAAUUUCAGACCAAAGCGGAGUCAUUUUUUGUGGACAUUACGGGGUCACUGAGAGCUCACUUAACAUGGUUUUCACUGGUCAGUCAUUGAUGAAGGAGCAGUAGGUUAGAAGAAAAGAGUAUAUUGGCAUCACCUCCACGAUAUCCCUUUCUCUGUCACGCCCCUGCGCCUCACCCUUCCACUGCACUCUUCCUCUGGGACUGGCCAUGGCUUCUUCUGUUUUCUGUUCUGUUUAGCUUUAGGGGGCUAAUUUAAUGGUUUGUGCUAUAGCAAUGUUCCAUGGCAGGUGGCGCUGUGGGGCUUUCUAUGCACACACACACACACACAUGCAAUGGCAAGUAGCCAGACUAUGACUCAUUGUUUCUGGAGAAAGGAACAGUGGUCUGUGCAGGGCUGAUUCAUUGUAACUUUGAGUGUUUAUUAUCUGUAGUCACUAUUGGAAUAGUAUAUUUCAGUGAAGCACAAAGAGAGAUGAAUAUGUGAUUAAACGGUGGACAUUGUUCAAAUAA